AUGUCUAAAAAGAAAGUAAGAGCGGGCCAUCGUGGAUUCCUCACGAAAAUCAUUGAAGAGGCUAACGAGCGUUUAGAUGACGAAUAUUCAACCGUCAGAAAGGCAGAACUGCUGAAAUGGAAAGCUAGUUUAGGAGAACAGCUUCAAAAGAUCGUGCCGCUUGACGAAGAGAUUUUGGCCGAGUUAGCGGCAGACGAGAAAGUAACAGAGGAAGAAGUGGCGGACGAGAUUGAACGGAGUGGCCUAUUGAGGGCAGACGCGACACAAGUGUUAGCUGCCAUCGAAGAACGACUGACAGAGCAACCUCCUCCACCGCCAGCUUCACAAUUGGCACCUCAAUACGCAAAUUCAAGCCAAGGUUACCAGCCGAUAAGUGGCCAACAAAAGACAGUGCGAGCAAAGCUUCCGAAACUAGAAGUAAAAAAGUUUAACGGAAAACUCUGCGAGUGGCAGGAGUUUUGGGACUCGUUUGAGAGUGCCAUACAUAUGAACGAUGGGCUUUCGAACGUCGACAAAUUUUCCUAUCUAAGGAGCUUACUUCUGGGAUCGGCAAAAAUCGGCAAUUGGAGGAUUUGCGCUGACAUCAGCGAAUUACGAGUCAGCCAUAGAGCUCUUAAAGAAACGUUAUGGCAAAAAGGUCGCGAUUCAGAGGGCACUAAUAAGCGAACUGUUGAAUGCACGUCCCGUGUUCAACGAGAGUGACACGCCAAGACUUCGCAGCCUCUACGAUUUCGCAGAAACGAAGUACAGAGCGUUACAGGCCUUAGGAGUGGAUGAACAAAGCUACUCAGAAGUCGUCGUGCCGACACUAUUAGAAAAGAUUCCCGACACCAUCCGAUUGACGAUUACGCGAGGAAGACAGUACCUGGAGUGGACAUUAGGAGACACGUUGGAGGCACUCCUAGUGGAAGUGGAACUGAGAGAGGACCAUUGUCUGGCGCAGCACAGAUCAAACGAGGCGAAAAAGGGUCCUGUCACCUCCAGUGCGCUGUUCGCCGCAAAAGGAGACCGAAGAUGCGCAUUCUGCCUGGAGAAUCACCUACCGGAAGAUUGUAAGAAAGUCACG